AUGUUUCUACGCGCUGCAUCUCUUUCAGCAAAAACUAAACAACAUAAACUAGAUCGAUUGAGACCACCAUCCCCAUGGACGAAUGAUCUUGCUGAUGAAGGAGUUGUUGUGUUUGUUGUACAAUGUGCCGGUACAGUUGAUUUAGCGCAUGAUGACGAUGUUGAUUUAUCAUACAAAAAAAAACUUUUACAAUUUAUUGCACAAUGUCAAAUUGAGCGUCGUUUACCAAAGCGAUUAGCAGAAAAAUCUAUUGGACAAUUACAUAUAACUACUGAGCAAAUAAAACUAUUCAAUACUCAUCAAAAAUUAAUUUUAUCGAUUCCUUCUCAUCAUAUUAUUUCAUGUUAUUAUGUCGAAUAUGAAAAAGAUCAUAUUGUUACAAUGAAAUAUGUUUCAACAAAAGAUAAACCAUCGAAUAUUGAAUUAGUUAUUUUUCUUUUAAAUGAUCGAUAUGAAGCUGACGAAUUAUGUUCAUCCAUGGAGUUUUGUUUUCAUGCCAUAUACACAGCUAAUGAACAGAAUUCUGGUAUAAGCAAAAAAUUAUCGUUACUGGCUGGAUCACUUUCAUCAGCUCAACAAUUACGUUGUUCAUUUGAUUCGACAACAUCUUCAACACCAUCAACAAUACGUUCCUUAUCAUUAGCAUCAACUUCUUCGGCACGUGUCAUGUCACCAGAUACAUCAACUAUUGUUGAUGAAGAUUUACUAACUCCACGGCGAAGACAUCGACGAUCACGUAAUCGAAAUGAGGAUAAAUCACCAAAUAGACCUUCAACAAAAUCAACAUCACAUAUUAUUCAAAACUAUCUACUUAAUCUACAACUUGAAUUAAAAACUGAUGAAUUGGCUGAAUUCGGAAAAUUAUUAACAGAAUGGCAAUUGAAUCACACAAGUACCAAAGCAUUUGUUAAAAAAACAGCUCGUUUAUAUGGAGAAUCUCGACGAAAUUUACUUGAUGGUUUACAUGAUUUUGUACCAGUCGAUGAACAAUCAUGGUUUCUUGAAUAUUUAAAUAAUCUUAAAUCAAAUUCAUCAUCGUUAUCCAGCAGUGAUGAUUCAUUACAAGAUGUCGAUACUUUUUAA